AUGACGUUAUACCUCUCCGUACUGCGCGACCCCGCGUGGCUCCUCACCGCGGCCGUCGGCCUUGCCGGGGUUGUGCUCUUCGCGUUCUACUGGCGCCCGGGCCGGGCGCUUGGCAAGCGCUGGCCGUUCCCCCGCCGCGGCCGGAGUCCGCCGGUGCUCCGCGGCAUCGCAGCCGGCCAGCGGCCGGAGAUCGCAACGAAGGAGGCCGUCGGUCACAUCGCCCGCGGGGAGAUUGUGACGCUGGGCGGGUUAGUGUACUUCUUCCGCGGCGCCGGCAACGAGAAGAAAAUUCUCCUCGACCCCGCGCUGCAGGCAUACCUGCAGCGUCUGCUGGCCGCGGGAGCCCCGGCGGAGGCGACGCUGCCCGGGCCCCAGAGCGCGCACGUGCGGGAGAUGCUGCGCCAGCUCUGCCACUGCGGCGAGCAGGCCGCUCGUCUAGAGAAGGAGCGCGCCACCGCGUUCGACGCGGCGAACGCAGAGCACAUGCAACUGCUGAGGGAGUUGUGGGAGGCGGCAGGGAGGUCGCCCGCAGACUUCGCCCAUCGCAGCGAGUCGUGGGUGGAGUUUGGCUUUCAGGGGCUUGACCCCGCAACGGACCUCCGCGGCGGCGGCGUGUUGGCCCUGCGGCAGUUUCUGCACUUCGCCCAGACGCACAACGACGACUUCAAGGCGAUGAUGGCCUUCAACAAGAGGAUGCUUGCGGCGGGUGAGGACACCUGGUACCUCCUUGCCGUGGUCUCUAUCCAGUUCACAGCGCAGCUGUUGCUGCAGCAGGACCACGCCUUUUACCUGCCGCAGCUGGAGGUUUUGUACGACACCGUCAGGAGCGACGCCGGCAAGGCCGCGGGCGAGGGCGGUGCGGGUCGCCAUGUUGGCAGCUCACGCGCGGAGGUGCUCGGGCGGCGCGGCGGCGGCGGCAAUAGUAGUAGCGAGAGGAAGCCAAACCGACGGCGGCAGCCACGGGGAAACCACCGCCCACAGGCCCUGGAGUGA